AUGGUAUCUAACGAUAUGUUAUGGAAUCUCUCUCUAGUUCUGGCAUUCGUGUUCUCCGCUAUUGCCACAUUACUGAUGUAGCCCUGGAUCAGCCCAAGAAGGAAUCACUGGCCAGCAGGUUCUUCGGCAAGAGAGAACCUGGCAAGGAAUCUCAAGAUUCAGCCGAAGCAACAAAGACUAACACUGGAGAAAACACUGAGACAGCAGAUCCACCCAAGUACUCUGUUGAAUGGUUUCUGUUACCCAAGCCAGAAAACAGUGCACAUCUUCUUGAGAAGUUGGCAUUUGAUAUGGCCAAAGACGUUCUUAAGGACUGUGAUGAGCCCAUAGAUUCCGCAGUGGAAAAACUUAUUAGAAAACAUUUUUCAGUGCUUCAGCAACAAUAUAAGCCAAAGACUUUUGUUUAUGAAAAUGGUUAGUCAGUUUUAACGACCGAUCUUGGAC